GAAUACACAGAGCUCGUCAUCAUGCAGCCUCUGAAAUUCCAGCUAGAACUACAUCUCCCAGAAUGCAAUGCGCCCCCGGAGUCCCUUUGUUGCCGGAAAGCUACAUCGAAGAAUGAUAAAGCAGCAUGAUUUCUCGAGUAGGCUGGAUAAUGGAGACGCAGAGCAGGAGGGGAAACUCCCAACAGCAGACCCCAGCUCACUCAGGAUCCCCACCUCGAUGCCAGAUGGCUUUUUCCAGAGCGCCACUGCAGCAGCCCGCUUUCUUCGGGCUGAACUGGAGCUCAGUGCUCGUCUGCGAACUCUGACCUUUGGAGAUCCAAUACGAUAUACCUACAACCCACUGGAAUAUGCCUGGGACACACAUCGCUGCUACGUGGAGACGUACUGCCGCAGCGGUCAGAGCGUUCUCUUUCUGGGAAUGAACCCGGGACCCUUCGGAAUGGCCCAGACAGGGGUACCAUUUGGUGAGGUGAAUGCUGUCCGUGAUUGGCUGAAGAUCACAGGGGAGGUGGGCCACCCAGCUAAUGAGCACCCCAAGCGGCGGAUCAGCGGCCUGGCCUGCACUCAGAGCGAGGUGAGCGGUGCGCGCUUCUGGGGCUUCUUCAAAGAGCUCUGUGGAGAACCAGACCACUUCUUUCGCCACUGUUUUGUACACAACCUCUGCCCGCUGAUCUUCAUGCGUGAAUCCGGGAAGAACCUGACUCCACCUGAGCUACCGGCAGCAGACCGGGACGCCCUUCUGUUGCACUGCGACGCUGCGCUGUGCCAAGUGGUCAGCGUCCUGGGGGUCUCUAUGGUAAUCGGAGUGGGCAAAGUCGCUGAACAGCGAGCUCGUCGAGCUCUUACUGAAGCUGGCAUCUCUGUAAGGGUGGAGGGAAUCAUGCACCCUUCCCCAAGGAACCCACUGGCCAAUAAAGGCUGGGCAGCUGUGGCCAGAACCAAAUUACAGGAGCUGGGGGUGUUGAGUUUGCUCACCAAGUGACUGCUUCUACCUCAGCUUUCACUCCUUCAGUGCUUAAGGACAUUCUGACUGUACAUUAUGUUUGAUUUCAGUGCAGGAAAACAGCAUAUGUGCAUGCACAUGCUAAAUCAUAUGGUGGCUAGUUUUGUAUAGUUUAAUAGUUAUAAUGUGAAUAUUCUUUUAUGUUUGAACAGAGCUGUAAAAGAGGUAAUGAUUUUUAUGUAGAAAGAGAGUGGAGGCUCUUCUACGUUUAUUCUUCACGUUUUGUUGUUGUCAUAACAAAACCUCAUAUGAAAUGGGAACUUUAUAGGAGAAGGAAAAACGUCCUUAACUUUAAUGUAGCAUGACUUUAUUCCAAAUUAUUUUGGACCAUGAAUCAUUCGCACAGUGUAAAGUGCAGUUUUCAGUACAAAAAAAUAAAAAUAAAAAUAAAAAUCACUUUUAAAGUUUGAAUAUAAAAGUGAUGCUUUACACUUUUAUUUUUAAGGUUCCUAAGGCAGUCUUCUUAAGGUUAUGCACAAUAAUAACACGUUCCACUUAAUGGGCCCAUGUCCUACACUUUUUUGUACUUUUCCCCCAGAGGUCCACUUUUUGUGACUUUAUGCACCAAAAAACAGUCAUAGUUGAUUUUACAUGGCCAUUUCCCACUCUGUAUCUCCCUUAUAAUCAAACAGACUGUUUUUGUUAUUAUGCCUUUAAGAUUGCUCUACGUAAAUAAGCUCUGCCUCAUUGAAGAAGCAGCUUGGGUUUGGACGUGGUAUGUUUUCAAACUAUAGCAAACUUUAGCAAAGUACUUCAAAUUCUUUUCUAUUAAAAAAAGGACAUCUUACUUUUCCAUGACAUGGGCCUUUUAAAUAAGAGCUUCACGUCUCUGGAUUGGAACUGAUUUUGAUAUGCACGUGUUGAUGAUUUGGAACUGGAGGAUUCAGCGGAUAAGCUUAUGUUGCAUCAUGGUUAGGUAGUAAGAUGUACAAAGUUGUGUGUUUUGUUAAAAAAAUGUCACAUUUAAGGAGAAUGUAGAAACUGACCAUGUGCUCACACCUGUAUUUGUGCGAUGGUCUUAUCUGGUGAUCGGAAAGAUGCAGGCAGAUCAGCAAUAUGGGCUGGAGCUGCAUAACAUCUGAAAUAUAUAUCAUCUGUUAAUCAUUGUAAUGAUGUUAGCCUUUGCAAUAAUAUGAAAAUAUAGGAAUAUCAUUGAAUGUUUUUUUUUUUUGUUUAUACAACAGAGAAGAGCACUCAGAUUUGUGUCAAUGUCAAAUAUUAUUUUUUUUUGGCAUUAAAAGUCUAACUGUAUUAUAUUCACUGCAUGUAUUGUCCUGCAAAUCCCAUUAUGGAAAGCAGUGUACCAUUGUAUGUGCACCAAGUUAGAAAGAAAUCAAAACUGUGCUUUUGCAUGAGCAAAACGCAAACCUGUAUCUUCUCCUCGUGUUCCUUUUGCAAUAAGUUCCAACGCCCCCAAACUCUCCUUUGGGUAAAACAUGCUGUCUGUCAUUUUUCUUUGUUAGCAGGUGAAGUCAGGGACC